CACCCCAUGCUUUACCUUCCUACAAAAAUCAUCCAUUUACAGAAAAAUUAAACAACAACAGCUUCUCAAAGUCUUUCAAAGCUUCUUAAAGGUUUCUCCAAUUCACCAAGAUAUUAAUUAUAUACCAAUAAAAAAAAACAACAUGAGUUAUCUGAACAAGAUUUGGAUGGCAGCUUCAUUCGUAGCAGUUCAAGGAAACGCCGAUCACGGCGUCAAGUUGAAAAGCGGAAUCACCUCCGCUCACCGUCUCCAACGCAGGCUUUCCUCCGAUCUUCGUCCUCUCGCCGCCGCUGAUCUCGCCGGAGACAGUAUCCCAGCUGAAGAAAGACGUCGUAACUCUUCUUCAACCCCCGAUGAGUCUCUCCGCCAAGUCAUGUACCUCAACUGCUGGGCACAAGGCUAAAUUCUUAAAGUACGUCUCCCCAUCUUCAAAUGAUGGUGAUAGAUGACAACGCUUAUGAUGAACGAACCCGCUUGAGUCAGAUUCUUGAUGCAAACUGUAUAUAUAAGUUUGGUUUCAUCUCUGA